AUGUCUCUCGACCUGGAGAAGCAGCUUUGCUUUUAUGGAGCCUAUCAUCAUAAUACUACCAAUGUGCGCAUACACAUGAUAUGUGUACCCUUAAUACUGGCCACCAGUUUGACUCUUGCGACCAAUAGUCCGACAUUCAUCCCACUCCCGACCUGGCUUACGAUAUCCAACCUCCCGCUGAAUAUUGGCACCAUGGCCGCCAUCUUUUACGGCGGCUUUUACAUGCUCCUUGAGCCUGUUGCCGGGAGCUUCCUCUUCCCGAUCCUCCUGGCCUGGACCGCCUUUUCCAAAAGUCUCACUAUCACGUCGCCAGCACCUACCAACAAAAUCGCCAUCGCCAUUAACCUCGUCUCCUGGCUCGCUCAGUUCUACGGUCACAUCGUCCAUGAAGGCCGGGCGCCAGCACUCCUAGAUAAUCUCGUGCAAGCUCUCGUCUUGGCGCCCUUCUUUGUUUUCAUGGAAAUACUAUUCACCCUCGGGUACCGGCCCGAGUUGCAGAAACGGGUGAAGGCAGCUGUCCAAAAAGAACUUCAAAAGCUCAAGAGCUUAGACGCGUCCAAAACAACGAAGUCUAACUAG